GAUAAGAUUUUCUUUUCUACUGUUGUGUCUAUUGGUCCGAAUGUUGGAAGCAUGGAGGCAAAAAGCAAAGGAUGAGAAUGGCGGCACAAUUAAAACAACCUUACCCUUCUUCGUUAAAACCCAUAAAUUUCUCUCAUUUCCGUAAACAAAGAAAAAAUACCCGAGAAUUAUACUUUUAGGGCCUUCGAAUUCCAUUAACAACUUUUUUGGAGUGGUUUUCUAGUUCUGCAAAAAAAUUGGUCUUAAAAGGGUUAUGGAAAACAGUGUUAACGGUGGUUGGCCCAGUUGGAAGCACGGCGGAGACGGCGGUUCAGUGGUUGCAAGAAAAUUGCAGACCUAUAACAUCUUUUCUCCUUGUGAGACCAAUAGCAGCGUCACAGCCACCGCCUUCAAAUCCGCAGGUGGGAAUGAAUUGGCUGCAAAUAUGGGGAAUCCUUUCACAUCUGCUCAAAGGAAGGAGCUUGAAAGGCAAGCAAUGAUUUAUAACUAUUUGAUGGCCUCUAUUCCUGUGCCUGCUGAUCUUCUCUUUCCUGCACCACCUAGCCCUUCAAUUUCCUCGACUGGUCAUCUAGAAAGGUGCAAGCGAACGGAUGGCAAGAAAUGGAGGUGCUCAAGAGAUGUGGUGCCCAAUCACAAGUACUGUGAACGCCACCUGCAGAAAAGCCGUCCCCGUUCAAGAAAGCCUGUGGAAGUCAAAAACCAGAAGAAAAACCCUCUUUUGUUUAAUCCUAAAACUGAUCCAAGUAUUUCUACAUCCUCUAGUAAGAAAUAUGAAAGGGGUUUGGGGUCGAUCGAAGGUGGAAUGGAUGCAGGGCAAAAAUGGCAGCAUUUGGUGGACGCCAGCAUUGGAUUCGGGGAUGAGGGUUCGAUUUAUAGUUCUAUUGCCUCUGUUUUUCAUCGAGAUUAUGUACAACAGCAGCCAUUGAAUAUGUUCCAAGCCUCGGAAGAUGUUUUCAAGUGUAUUAGAGGCGGUGAAUCUAACAUUGGAGCAUUCUAUAAUCCUGAUUUGGUGUUUUUGGACAAACAGCCACGGGGACUCAUUGAUGAAAAUGGAUAUUUUGAAUCCUCUGUUUCAUCUGAGCAUGGGAACCUCUCCACAUGUUCACUCGAUCUAUCAAUGGUUAUGGGUGCUGGAAACGUCUUGGAUGAAGAAAUGAGAGAGAAUCAAGAGGAGUUUGGUGUUGAGGAUUCAAGAUUGUUAAGACCUGUUUCUUGGAUGUCUUUUGCACAAGGUGGACCGCUUGCUGAGGCUUUACGACCUGGAUCUGUUGCUGGAGGCGGAGGCUCAAUUCCGGGUUCUCCAUAUGAUUCAAUAAGCACCACAGCAACUACUGUCUCAUCGCCAUCUGGUGUUCUUCAUUGGACAUUGCUCUCACACUCUGAUAGCAGUGUUUGCAAUAGCCCGACUACCCUUGCAGCAGCUACUGCACCAUCUCAGAAACCAGCAAAAUUCCUUGAAAAUUGACUCUCCUUGAUUUUGGGCAUUUUGAUCUUUUCGACACUCUAUUGCCUUCUUUACUUGGUAUGAGAAUUCAAAUGCUCUCAAUGGAUUUAGAUAUCAAAUGAUGAAUUCCUUUUGCAAACUUAAAUGAAUGCAUGGUGUAGAGGAGUUAUUGAGUGUUCUAAAUUUUAAUCAAAUUUUAGUGUUACUCGGGAUGA